UACAUCUUGCAGGACGCUCUGCGUCCCUUUUAGCAAGAAUUCACUUGUCAAUGAAAUUGAGUUGUAUACACGGCGAAAUAUUUGAAUUUUUUAUUUGACAAACGCUCCCGUUGACUCCCUGUAGUCAACUUAAAAAUCUUCUAAUCUUUGGUUGAAAAUUUCAUUCAUUUUUAAUGGCAAAAAUGUUGAUACGGACUAAGUGUAAAUAUAGUACGGCGGUGGUAAUAAGAGUGUUAUUCUUAGCGUUACCGUUUGUCUAUUAUUUGAUGUUCGGCGCAGCUAUCGAUAAAGAAAUAGAGCAGACCGCAGAUGUAACUAGCUUCACGUCCCGACACCUCCUGGCUCUGGAAAUCAAUGGAAGAAACUGCACCCCACCCGCCAUUCUGGAGUUCCCUCCAGAUGGUCUUAACAGGGCACAGAGACAACAAGGUUACAUCGUGAUCCACUGCGUAAUUGCAAUAUACUGCUUCCUUCUGCUUGGAGCCGUGUGUGAGCAUUACUUCGUGCCAGCCAUCGAAGUGAUAUGUGAUCGUUUAGAAAUGGAGUCAGACAUAGCCGGCGCGACAUUCAUGGCGGCGGCUAGCUCCAGUCCUGAGCUGUUCAUCAAUUGCGUUGGUACCUUCGUGACGGAGGGAGACCUUGGAGUGGGGGCCGUGGUGGGGUCGGCGGUGUUCAACGUGCUCGCUGUGCCGGCGUGUUGCGCGCUUGUUGCUUGCAGGGCGAUCGAUCUAGACUGGUGGUCGAUAUCCCGGGACUGCCUCAUGUACGCGGUAGCUGUGUUGGCCCUCAUCCUUACCUUGCUCGACGACAUGGUGUACUGGCAUGAGGCUCUGUUACUAGUGCUUAUGUAUACUUUUUAUAUACUAGCUAUGGUGUUCAACACUCGAUUGGGUACAUUCGUGAAAAGCGGAUGUUGUUAUUUCAAAAAACCAAAACAAUACACCGAGGUUACUCCACUUUUAUAUAAAGAAAAAGCCAGUCCCUUGGAUGCCACAAACAGAAUAACGGUAUCGAAUCAAACAAUAAACGAUGUGGAACAGGGAAUACAAAUGACGAAAAGGCAUGGUUCCACUGAUUCAGACUCAAGCGUAAGUUCUCUAUGGUCGUGGCCUGGUGACAAGUCGUCACCAGUCAAGAAGUUCUUCUGGGUGUUAACCUGGCCGCUCUGUCUGCUGCUCUGGAUAACCAUACCAGAUUGUAGACAGCACCCCAGAAUGUACCCUUUGACGUUUAUAAUGUGCGUCACGUGGAUUGGAGGAGUGUCUUAUUUGGUCGCCUGGAUUAUAACUAUUAUUGGUGACACACUGAACGUGCCUGAUAGCAUCACAGGGCUGACCAUCCUCGCGGCUGGCACCAGUCUGCCUGAAGCUGUAUCGAGCGUGCUCGUCACUAAUCAUGGUCACGGCACAAUGGGCAUAAGUAACUCCAUUGGGUCCAAUACAUUUGAUAUCUUGCUCUGCUUGGGACUUCCGUGGUUAAUCAAAUCUCUUUUCUAUCCAUGCGUUCCUGGUAAUCAUUGGGUGAAAAUUAAUUCCAGCGGCCUAUCAUAUAGUGCUAUCUCGCUCCUAUCCACGCUAUUUGCACUAUACGGCGCUCUCGCUCUGAAUAAAUUUCAGCUAGAUUGGAGAGUGGGCAUUACGUGCGCUGUUGUUUACAUUGGCUACCUUGUGUUGGCAGCACUGAUCGAGUUGAAUGUACUUUUUGUUGUUAAUUUGCCCGUUUGUCCACAUUUUUAGAUGGAUUUCAAACUUUACGUAUGUACUUAUUUUAAUGUAUAAUUUAAGUUUUAAUGGAAAUUUCUAUUUCUUAACUAAAUCAGACACUAGACACUUUAAAAAAUGUGAAUACCUAAUUAUUAUUCAAGUACCUGAAAAAUCUACAGCUCGCUAAAUAAACAAUUUGUGCUUAUUUGGGAAAGAUAAACACCAUGUUCAAAUUUUGGAAAUGCAUUUUUAGGCAUUUAAUAAAAAUUUAAGAUCGGAAAAGAGUGACUGAGUUCUGUCGAGCUGUUAUUAGUGGCAGGAUAGGGUUAAGUUAGAAUUCACCGGUUAGGAACAAUGUCAGAAUUGUCAGACACCUAAAAACUAAAACCAACUAUCAAGGUACAAAUAUUAGUUCUAACUAUGCACUAUGCAGUCCUCUCUACACUACAGGCGCCUUUCUAAAACCUUCUGCAGUAAGUAUGCCCUAUCCCAGUAAACCUAUAUGUAAAUUGGUAACAAAGAAUCGCCUGCCAAACCCCCAUUAGCAAAGAUAAAUACAGAAUAUCAAUUCAUCCUAUCUUUGGAUUGUAAAAACUUUCGCCGUUCAUUACCAUUUCAUAUUUUGCGUGACUGAUGCGUUGUUACGGUAAUACCAACGUGAAUUAUAAAUAGGGUUAAGUGAAUGUUUAUAGAAACUACAAGAAAUCUAGAAGUUUCCAGGGAUUUAGAAGUUUCAGACAAGGCCUGAAAGUGUUUUGUACUUUAUAAUUAGUAAUUAGAUUGUUUACUAUGUGAAAAGACGCGGACUCAAAAUUCUAUCUUAGUUUUAAAUAAACUCGGUAUUUCUAAAAUUUAUUUCUACAUAAUUUAAUAAAUUUAAAUGUAUUGGUAGAGUUGCAUUUUUACAAUAUUGUAAACAACAUACUUUUAGAGUUUCCAUAAAAAGUAUAACUAGUGACAUUAUGAUUUAAUUUUAAUAAUGUGAGUAGGUACUUAAAGAUUAGUUGUUUAUUGUUAUGUAAACUUUAGUUAUAAUUUUUGAAUAUUAAGCGGGAUUUCGUGCAGCAAUUAUGAAAAUAUAUUUUAUUAUAAAAUAAGAUCCAAUAGUUGUUACAUGUUUGAAAUCGAAUAAAU